AUGACUUUAUUCAAUACUUUCCACAAUUUGAUGUGGGCACGGACCUACACAUGGAGCUCAACAAUUGGUCAUGUUGAUAUCCAAUUGGGUGCAAGUAAGGCACAACCCUCUACGCGAUCUCAGGUGGGCUACGGAGAGAUGGGGGUCGAGGGGUGGGGAGAGGAAGGAAGAAGAGAAGAGGAAGAAAGGUGGGAGGAGCCCUUUUAUAUGGUCACCUCCCACGUACCUUCCUAA